AAGAAUACUCUUUGGUUUAACAUCAUGAAGUGACGUUUAGAUCCAACAAUUUGUGCUGCCAUCUAGUGACAUAAUUUUUUGUAGUUUUUUUUUUAAAUAGUUCGUCAUUGGUUUUAUCAUUUUGUAAAUAAUGCUAUAAAUUAUAAAAUGAAAAUAUGGAUCGUUUCGAAUACAUUGAAGCACGUUUAUUUGACGGAGAAAAUUAUGUUAAACGUGACAAAAAUGUCAAAAUCUAUGAUGGAGACGACAAGACACAAUUUACAGACGGUGAGGUUGUACUAACUACCCACCGAAUAUUAUGGGGAAAACCAGGUGACAUACCUAAAGGAUUAGUUUGCCUUUCUCUACACUUGUACUAUGUAUUUUUUGUUGAAGAAGAAAGUGGUGGAGUUUUCGGCUUAGGAGGACCUAAAAGAAUAAUACUUAACUUAUCCCCAGCACUGCCAGGAAAAAGACCUGGUCCUGCAGUUGUUAGUGCAUAUCAUUUUGUAAAGUUUUCUUUCAAAGAUGGUAUUGAUCCUGCUUUCUACAAAGCUUUGAAAGAUACUAUUGCCGCUAAAGCAUGGGAGAGAUCAUUAGCAACACCAGUCCAGUCUUCAAGUUUAGCAAGCACAACUACAUCAACAAAGCCAUCUGUGGCAUCAGUCAAUUCUAAAAUCAGAUCAGGAAUAGUUGGUAUUGAAAGAAGUAUUGAAGAACAACAGAAAGCCACUGAUCAAAGUAUAAGUGUGGCAUUCCAAGAUUUGACAAAACUGAUGGAAAAGGCCAAAGACAUGGUGGCAAUUUCAAAAGCUAUCUCAACAAAAAUCAGGGAAAAACAAGGUGAUAUAUCAGAAGAUGACACAGUAAGAUUCAAAUCCUAUCUUAUGAGUCUGGGUAUUGAUGAUCCUGUCACUAGAGAUGCAUUUAGAUCUGAUUCAGAUUAUUACAUGGGUCUCGCACAACAAAUAUGUGAUAUGAUGGUUGCUGUAUUAAUGGACUGCGGUGGUAUAAUGUCAUUAGCUGAUGUAUGGUGCCGGGUUAAUAGAGCAAGAGGAUUAGAGCUUAUAUCACCAGAAGAUUUAUUAAACGCUUGCAAGCUGUUACAAACUAUUGAUGCACCAAUGUCUUUGAGAAAGUUUCCUAGUGGUGCCUGUGUGUUACAAUUGAACAACCAAAGAGAUGACGAAGUGGCCAAGAAUAUAAGCGGAUUGUUUGAAGACAACGAGUUCUUAACACCUGUGAAGCUGUCUCAGAUUGCAAAUGUGUCUGUCCUUUUGGCGCGCGAACAUCUACUAAUUACCGAACGCUUGGGAAUGGCGUGUCGAGAUGAAUCUAUGGAAGGAUUAACUUUCUAUCCCAAUCUAUUUUUAAGACAAGUAACAUAACAAAAUACAGGACUAUAAAAUAAAUGAAUAAUGUUAUAUUUAAAAUUCGAGUGUUCUUUUGUAAGGAUCUGUAAGGCUCGAUUCAAAAUGGCAAGAAUUGAAGAGUCAAGUCACUUUAUAA